AUGGUCAGGAUUAAGAGCGAGUCAGCUACGAGAGGAAGUCACAAACUUCUUCCUAAGUUCAAGGGAACAAAAGUCCUAUUUAACAAGUAUGAAGUUACAGAUCUACGAGGAAUUAAAAUAAUCACGCCUUGGAGGAGGCUGAAAAUACAGAAAAUACCUAUUGAAAAUUCCUAUAACAUUAAUGCAGCAGAAAUAUUAUUUAAUGAUGGAUAUGAUUCUGAUAAAGAUCCGGAGUUUGUUGUAACCGAAGCAGAAAGCAGUGACUCUUCAUUAGAGCAAGAAGACAGUGAUCAUCUAGAGAAAAACGAAAACAAUAAUAAUGUCGGCCGCGAAGCUGUAAAAUCUUUAAGACCAAAAAGAGGGAAAAAAAGGAUAUCUCCGAAUAUGACAAGAGCAGAAAACAAACAAGCUAAGAAUGCAAUCAAAACUCAUUAUGAAUAUAAGAGAAAGACUGUAGAAGAAAAGAAAUUGGAUGAAGCCUUUCAGUGUUCGUGUUCCAAAAAAUGCAAUACGACAUUAAAUUUGACGCAACAGCAAAAAUGUUUUAAAAAAUUCUGGGAGCUGGGUAGCUACAACGCUCAGACAGCAUAUAUAGGCGCCUUAGUAAAAGAAUAUGACAAGAAAAGGAAUUAUGUAUUAGCGCAAAAGCCAAAAAAAUAUUUCAGAAUUUAUCAAUUAGAUGGGGUCACAAUAUGUCAUGAAACUUUCAUCAGAACUCUACGAAUCUCUACAAAAAGGGUUAAUUCAGCAUUAACGAAGCUAAGGUCUGAGAGUAUAACAGAUAAGCGAGGAAAAUUACAAGGAGGAAAAAAUAAGAUAGAUGCAAGAGAGCAAGAAGUCAUCAACCAAAUAAACAAAAUACCUAAAUACAAAAGUCAUUAUCGUAGAGCUCAGUGCUCUAAUGCUGAAUUUUUACCCCCAGAAAUCACUUGGUCUUUGAUGUACAGAAAAUAUAAAGAAGAAACAGAAAAACCAAUGGAUACCUGCAAUACAUGUGAUAGCUAUCAUAGCAAAUUACAGAAUGCCCUAACACCCAACGAAAAAGAAAAAAUCAAAGAAGAACACGAUAACCAUAUUAAGAGUUGGCAGGAUGCCAGAAAUCAGAUGAAAAAUGAUAUGAAAAAGGCUAAGGAAAGUAACGAAAUAGAAUGUUUAACAUUCGAUCUUGAAAAAACAUUGCCACUACCACGAUUAGCUACUGGAAUAUUGUUUUACAAGAGACAAAUUUGGCUCUACAAUUUAGCCGUUCAUUCUGGUUCAACCAACAAGGGUUAUUUUUAUGUGUGA